UUGGGGUGGGCCACGUGACUUUGUUCCGGCUCGCUAAAGAUGGCGGCGCCCAGGGCAGCAGCGUGAAAGUUGCGGUAGGAAGACGCUGUCCCGCGGUGCUGACAUAAAAAGCGGAGGGGGACCUUUCGCCAUGUCGCGACUGAUCGUGAAGAAUCUCCCGAGUGGGAUGAAGGAGGAGCGCUUCCGGCAGCUGUUUGCCGCCUUCGGCACCCUGACUGACUGCAGCCUAAAGUUCACCAAAGAUGGCAAGUUCCGCAAGUUCGGCUUCAUUGGCUUCAAGUCGGAGGUGGAGGCCCAGAGGGCGCUGAGCCAUUUCAACAAGUGCUUCAUUGACACGGCCCGCAUCACAGUGGAGUUCUGCAAGUCCUUUGGGGACCCGACAAAGCCCCGAGCCUGGAGCAAACAUGCCCAGAAACCCAGCGAGCCCAAGAAGUCUCAGAAAGACUCUGCUUGCCCAGAAACUAAGAAAGAGAAGAAGAAAAGGGAGCCGAGUGAACUGGAGAAGCUGAAGGAAGACACCGAGUUCCAGGAGUUCCUGUCAGUUCACCAGAAGAGGACGCAGGUGGCCACAUGGGCCAACGAUGCGCUGGACACUGAGCUCCCUAGAGGGAAGGGCAAGUCAGCCAGCGACUACCUGAACUUUGACUCUGACUCCGGGCAGGAGAGUGAGGAGGAGGAGGAGGAGGAGGAGGCAGCAGGGGAGGAGCUGGAAGGGGAGCAGGACCUCAAGCCCAAGGCAGCUGUGCAGAAGGAGCUGUCGGACAUGGACUACCUGAAAUCCAAGAUGGUACAGGCUGGCUCAGUCUCUUCCCUGGAGGAGGAGAGUGAAGAUGAAGCCAUGAACUGUGAUGAAGAGAGUGAGGCCAAAGAAGAGGAGGAAACAGAGCGCAGGGCGGCCAGCCCGGGACACAGGGCCCCACCUGAGCAUGGGAGACCCCAGGACUCCAGAGCUGAGUCGGAGAAACCUACAAACCAGAAAGAGCCCACCACCUGCCACACCGUGAAGCUGCGGGGAGCCCCAUUCAACGUCACAGAGAAAAAUGUUACAGAAUUCCUGGCUCCCCUGAAGCCAGUGGCCAUUCGAAUAGUGAGAAAUGCUCAUGGGAACAAAACAGGGUACAUCUUUGUGGAUUUCAGCAGCGAAGAAGAAGUGAAGAAAGCGCUGAAAUGCAACCGAGAGUACAUGGGUGGGCGCUAUAUCGAGGUAUUUAGGGAGAAGCAGGUCCCCAUGGCCAAGGAGCCCCUGAAGAGCAGCACCAAAGCUUGGCAAGGCCGGAUGCUCGGGGAGAACGAGGAGGAGGAGGACCUGGCCGACUCCGGGAGGCUCUUCGUGCGCAACCUGCCCUACACCAGCACUGAGGAGGACCUGGAGAAACUCUUCUCCACCUACGGGCCCCUGUCAGAGCUGCACUUCCCCAUCGACAGCCUGACCAAGAAGCCCAAGGGCUUUGCCUUCGUCACCUUCCUGUUCCCAGAGCAUGCCGUGAAGGCCUACUCGGCGGUGGACGGGCAGGUGUUCCAGGGCAGGAUGCUGCACGUGCUGCCAUCCACCAUCAGGAAGGAGGCCAGCGAGGAGGCGGGCGCCCCGGGAUCAUCUUACAAGAGGAAGAAGGACUCCAAGGACAAAGCCAACAGUGCCAGCUCCCACAACUGGAACACGCUGUUUAUGGGGCCGAACGCCGUGGCCGACGCCAUCGCACGCAAGUACAAUGCCACCAAGAGCCAAGUGUUUGACCACGAGACCAAGGGCAGUGUGGCGGUACGUGUGGCCCUGGGGGAGACCCAGCUGGUCCAGGAAGUGCGGCGCUUUCUCCUAGACAACGGGGUCUGCCUGGACUCCUUCAGCCAGGCCGCAGCAGAGCGAAGCAAGACGGUGAUUCUGGCCAAGAACCUUCCAGCAGGCACCCUGGCAGCUGAGCUGCAGGAGACCUUCGGCCGUUUUGGCAGCCUGGGCCGCGUGCUGCUGCCCGAAGGUGGCGUCACAGCCAUCGUGGAGUUCCUGGAGCCCCUGGAGGCCCGCAAGGCCUUCAGACACCUGGCCUAUUCCAAGUUCCACCACGUGCCCCUCUAUCUGGAGUGGGCUCCCAUCAGCAUCUUCUCCAGCACAGCCCCGCAGGAGAAAGCACCCCAGAAUCCACCAGCAGAGCCUGCAGGAAAGGACAGGGCGGAGCCAGAGGCCGUAGCUGACAGCGAGACCCCAGGAACUGGAAAGCCAGCAGAGGAAAGAGCGGCAGCCUCCACAACCAAGAUGGAAGAAGAGGAAGAGCAGGAGGAAGAGGAGGAAAAUGAGAGCCUUCCAGGGUGUACUCUGUUUAUUAAAAACCUCAACUUCGACACCACAGAGGAGACGCUGAAGGAAGUGUUUUCCAAAGCGGGGGCGGUGAGGAGCUGCUCUGUCUCCAAGAAGAAGAACAAAGAAGGUGCACUGCUGUCCAUGGGCUUUGGAUUUGUGGAGUACAGGAAGCCGGAGCACGCACAGAAAGCCCUCAGACAGCUCCAGGGUCACGUCGUGGACGGCCACAAGCUGGAGUUGCGGAUCUCAGAACGAGCCACCAGGCCAGCCCUGACGUCUUCCCGGAAGAAGCAAGUCCCCAGGAAGCAGACAACCUCCAAGAUCCUGGUGCGGAACAUCCCCUUCCAAGCCAGCCUCCGCGAGAUCCGGGAGCUAUUCAGCACCUUCGGGGAGCUGAAGACGGUCCGUUUGCCGAAGAAGAUGACAGGGACAGGCGCACACAGAGGGUUCGGCUUCGUGGACUUCCUCACGAAGCAGGAUGCAAAGCGAGCCUUCAAUGCCCUGUGUCACAGCACCCACUUGUACGGCCGGAGGCUGGUCCUGGAGUGGGCGGACUCUGAGGUGACCCUGCAGACCCUGCGGCGAAAGACAGCUGAGCACUUCCACGAGCCCCCAAAGAAGAAGCAGUCUGCAGUGUUGGAUGGGAUCCUGGGGCAGCUGGAGGACAGCGAGAGCGAUGGCGAGGAGCAGACCCUUCAGCUGUGAGCUGGAACCGCCAGGGUGACUCCUCAGAGCCCAGCUCAUCCCGAACCCCCUGGACCCCGGUCCUCCUGGCUCCCCAGCUCUUGCUCCCUGAGACCUCCGUGAGAAACAGACCAGCGACCCAGAGCCGUGCAGCGCCAAGUCUCACAUCCCACCAAGCCGCCCACGUCCGUCCUGAGGACGAGGCCUCUGUCCUGCACGUCCUGGUCACAGGGACCACGAGCUUGCUUCUGUCACCCCAGGGCACUAAGCAGCUCCAGCACCAGGCCAACUGGCCCUGCCCAGCUGGGAUGCAGUGGGGGCCAUGCCACACUCAGAAUAGGGGCCGUGGACACACCGAGGGUCUCGCCCCAGACAGCAGUGUCCCCAGCCUGUCCCUGGCCAGGAGCAGGGCGGCACAGCCCAAGGCCAGGUGACACAGAGGAGGGGCCACGGCCCUCAGCCUCAGCCCACAUCCCCAGGCGGCCGUUCCAGCCAUGUGUACCGGAUGGUUGCUGGGCCGUUCCUGGGUUCCUGGGCUGCAGCCCGGCAGUGACGCCCGCCCAGCCAGAGCGGCUGGAGAGUGGCGAGUCAGUCCAGUAAACCCGGAUGUGCACCUGCA